UCUGCUUCCGGUAAUCUCCGGAUUCAAAAUUUUGUAUGCUGUGGAGCUGAGGUUUAAGGGCGAUAUAAUGUUCGACAUAAAGGAAGUCAUUACGAUUCUUUGCAAAUAUUUGAAUGUUACGGUUGACAGUGCUUUAAAGCCUGAUCACUUUAGAGUAGCAAAGUACGAUAAGAAUUCCGAGGAUAUUAUAAGCAUGUUUUGGACGACCUUGGAUAAAUUAACGUAUUUUGCUUUGAAGGAAGUUAACGAUAAUAAUUCAUUCGUCAAUUUUGACAAGUGCACGAGGACUAAGUUGCGUUUGGCUCAUUUGCAAUAUCCAUCUUUAGAAAUCUAUAGCUUGUCAAUAUCGGCAAAUAAUUCUAGUAUAAGAAUAUUAUUAAUUGCUCUUGUGUGGCUCAUCGCAAAGUAUGACGUAUUGAGCAAUAUUAUUAAAUUGAAAUUAAUUAACAGCUCGUUAGGAAGAGAAUUUUCUAAGGUCGACACUCUUUGCUAUACAGAUGUGGACGACGUAAGAUUAUCUUCGAUUCAAAAUCUAAUAAAUAAUUUAUUACAUAAGACAAAUAAAUUAAGUUGCAAUUUGAAGGCUAUUUCUGAACUGUAUCUGACAAAAAUAAAACUAAUGACUAAAGUUCACACGGCGAGUAUCGCUACAUGUGGGUUACCACAUUUAACUGUUUCUGAAAUGUCCUUGAUAAAAAAGAUAGCAGCAAUUCAAGAUAACAAAGAAAUAGAAGCAGAGAAAUUAAAGGAACUGGAGGAAAUGGCAUCGAUGCUAGAUAUACAUAUGAAAUGGACAAAGAAGAGUCACGUGUUCUACACAUGGAUGAAUACAGUUUUAGAUGAGUACGAAGAGGCUGAUACACCAACAUUUGGUCCUGAAGCCAUAACGGAGUUAUCAAAAUUUAUUUAUCUUUUAAUGCACAUCGUUAGGAGAAGAUUAUUUAGAGAGCUAUCGAAGAGCGAUAGUAACAUUCCACAUUCAAAUUCAGUUCACUGUCCAUCCAGACUCUUAAGAGUUCAGAAAUCUAAUAAUAACGAAAUGAAUGCAUUUUUAAAUGAAAUAAUAAGCCAGUAUAACACCAUAGACGAUAAUUUAAAAAAACAAAGAACUAACAUAGAAAUUAAACUUAAAUCUAUUUUGAGCUUUAUACCUAAUUGCGUACACGUCUAAAUGACAAUU